UCCGAGUUUUCAUUUUGAAUUUGUUUGCUCAUUGCUAUAGUGCGUUAAGGAUGUACAAUAAUCGAUGUUCUAUUUUUAUUGAUUUUAUUAGCUUUUUCGUAAGCCAAAUAUUGAUUGAAUUUUCAAAUAGAUAAUAAUAUAUACCUAUGAUGAUAAUAUUACUUGUAAAAAAAACAUUGCUAGAUGGAAGCAUAACAGUCAAUGACCAAUUUGGGCUCGAGCCGGCCUAAAAUAUAAAUCCCGUAUUUCUCCGGCAGUCUAUUUAUAGUCAAUCGAGAUCGCUAUUAGAUUUUGCAGCAUUGUCGGCGGACCACGGUCUUAUCCAACUUCAGCAUAAUGGCGGUAAACUAUUUUUUUCAUUCAUGUUAAUUAAUUUUAUUAUAUUUAUUAUUAAUGUUGAGGUUUAAAACCAAUGGCCAAGAUGUAUUUAAAUGUAUAUCAAAUUUUAUCAGGAAUUUAAAUUUACGAUUUUUAUUGCAAUAUUUAAACCUGUAAUUUAAUAAAAAUAAAUAAAAUAAUUGCCUUUUUUUUGGAAUGAUUACAACUUUAUCAUUUUGUUCAAAAUUAAAUAAUGUAUACCUCUGUUUAUUUAUAAUCAUCUUAAUUCUAAUCUUGGUUUAAUUUACUCGCACAAAAAUGCUUUGUAUUUUGUGUACACCAAAUAUUUCGAGUAAUAUUCACAUCAAUGUGGUAGUUUAAUAUUAUAUUUUUCAUAGGUACUUUUAAUUAAAGAAAUUAUACUUUUGAUAGACUCCAAUAAAAAGCAACACAUACUUUUUUUUUAUUAAGGUUAAAUGAAAAAUUGUAUUUUAUUGUUUUGAAAUACUAUACUAUAUUCAUUAUUGGUGUAUCACAUUUAAUAUUAAGAAUAUCUAAUUAAUAAUUGUAUUAAAUAUUUUAUUAUAUAAUACACCUAUUUAUAUUUAAAUUCCUGAUGUAUAUUUUAAAUGCUUAUUUUAAUAUAAACUAUUAUACAUACUGUAUAUUCAAGUAACAAAAAUAAAUUAUACAAUGUAUUUUGAUGUGUUUUUAUUUAUGUACCUACUAAAUUUUUUUUUAUCUUUGUGUUUAUCUUUGUCACCCUUUUAAUCAUCCCAAUGUAUGCUUCUGUUUUAGACUUUAUUGGGUAUCCAAUUAAUUAUUACAAUGAUUGCUAUUAAUUUGAUACAUCGUCUUAGUCCAAUCUAUUCAUUUGCUCGAUGGACACUGUGUUCCACAGGGUGAGUAUUUUUAUAAAUCAUUGUUUUUUGUACAAGUAUUGACUGUUGCCAUUUUCAGAGUAGUUUAUUUAUUGUAUCCAAUGUUUUAAAUAUAUAAUAUGUUACAAUUAGUGACAUGCCUAUUUAUUUAUUAAAUAUGUAUAAUCUUUAACUUCCAAAAUAAAAUGUAUAAUUAUUUUUUUCAAUUCAUAGACUUGUUCGUUAUCUACAUCCUACAGAUAAAGAACUUAGACAGUUGUUAGGUUUAAAGAAAAAAGAUUCUAAACAAAAUAAACGUCCUUUGAAUGGACAUGGUGAAAAUAUUGAUGUAUUUCAGAUCCCCAAAAAUUUAGAUAUUGAUGUAAGUACCUAUUAAAUAUAUAUUCUUAUAUUUAAAAUUAUUUUGUAAUACAAAUGAAUUAUUACAUUUAUAUAAACUUAAACAAACAUAUUACUUAGGUAUAUAUAAUUUUAACUAUUUUUUUUAGUGGUUUGGUUUUUUAUUAUUAUUGUAAUAUUUUAGUUGGAAAGUCAACCUAUUCAAGAACAUGAAAUAUAUCAGCUCAGAUAUUUUAUGGAAUACCAAUGGCUAGUAAAUUUCUCUUUGUAUGCAGCUCUAGUCUAUUUUACUACUGAAAUAUACUCUUACUAUUCUCCUAUUGAAAAUGAAAUUAAUCUCAGUAUGCUGUGGUGUGCAAUUGUUAUAGUUUUUGCAUUGUAUCCUUUUAUUGAACAUAUUUAUCAACAAUGAGCUCUAUAUUUCACUAAAAUAUAUGAAAUAUUUAUAAUAAUUAUAUAUAUAUAUUGAGUAAAAAUUAAUAUUAAUGUUAAAUAAACAUUAAAAAAUAAAAUAAUACAAAAUUGUGAGUAUUAUUAGUUAUAUACCUAACCUAAUCUAACCUAUAGAAUUUGGUAUUAUACAUUUCUGAUUUAUGACUUCUUACUAAAACAGUUCAUAGUAUAUAUGUAAUAAUAAUAUUAAUUUUGGAUUUUAUGUGAUUAUAAUAUAAUAUUUAUGCUCAUUUUUUCUCCUAUGCAUAAAACCAUUAAAAUGUUAUUUUUCCUGAAUUUUAAAUAUCUAGCAAAAUUCUCAUGUCUUUGACUUUGUUAUAUUUCCGUGGUGGUUGUUAUUCAUCUGGUGAACGUUCAACAGUUAUAGUUGCUGCUUUUGUGUAUUUAGUUAUUGCUAUGAUUAUAUUAAUCAUAGACGAGUCCAAACUUGAUGUUCGUUUAGAUACUGCAUAUAAAAGCUUUAAUGAGAGCUCAAUAGAGUUUUUACACAAUCAUGGCCUUUCUUCACAGUAAUUACCAAAAUAAUUUAGUUUAGUCUAUUUUGAUUAUAUGUAUAUAUAUUUUUUUUCAGGGGUCCUGCAUCAAAAUUAAUUGUAAAAUUUUUCCUUGCCUUAUGGUGUGCUGUUACAGGUGCUAUGUUCGUAUUUCCAGGAAUACGUACUGCAAAAAUGCACUGGGAUUGUCUUAAGUAAUUAAAUUUUAAAAAAUUACUGUAAAUAAAUCAAAAUCUAUUGCAUUAAAAUAUAUAUUUGUCUUAAAUUAAAUUAAAUAACUUUUUUUGGUUUUAGGUAUUAUGAAUGUAACAAAUUAUACGGCAAAUAUUUCACUUAUAGUACAACAUUCAUGAAAGGUUUUAUGAAUUUUAGUUUGAUAACUCAUUUUUUACUCGUUCUACUUUGGGUUAAGCCAAUUGCUGUAGAUUUGUUGACAGCAAAAAAUCUUUCCGGAUUAAACAAACCAUUGUAAAUAUAUUUAAGUACACAUUAAACAUAAUAUUAAUUAUAAUUGAUAAAAAUAAUGUUAAGGCUUACAUUAGAACAGUUUGAAAGUUUAAGAUGUUGGGUGGUCGUAUUAGUAGUAGUUCAAAGGUUAUACAUGAUGCCUAUGUUCAUGCAAGCUUAUCUAAAUAUGGCCCAGGAGCGUCUAGAACAACAAAAAAAGGAAGCAGGGCGGAUCACCAAUAAAGAUUUGCAAAAACAGGUAAUAUUUUAGUUUUUUUAAACAUUAUGUAAUGAUAUUUAAAAUGUAUUAUUUUUUUAGGUGUCUGUGAUUUUUUACUAUAUGUGUGUUGUAGUACUGCAAUAUGUCAUACCACUUAUAAUGAUGUUGUUCUUUAUAUUCUUUUAUAAAACAUUAGGUAAUUUUCUGUGAAUACGUUUAUAAAAGUGUUGCAAAACUUAAGUCUACAAAAAAAUUAUCAUAUAAUGUUUCCCAUCUGCCCUCAUUAUGCUAGUUUAUUUGCCUCCACAAUAUACUAUUUGGUCAAUUUAAAUUCUACAACUAUCUCAUACACUAACAUAUAUAUUAUUCACUAAUUUGAUAAGUGCGGUAUUUAGUGAAGUAAUUUUUUAUUUUAUUUUUUUAUACAUUUCUCACCUGUAAGAAUCACAAUUAGCAUUAUGUAAAUUAACAAAUUAACCACAUUAAUUGAAUGUUAGUCUUGUAUUAAUGUAUUCAAACUAACUUUUUUAUUAUCCAUAUGCUGGGCAAGCAGCUACACCAUUCUAGGUACAAUACCAAGGAGACAAAGUUUCUGUUCUCUUGAAAUAUAUUAUUGCAAUAAAAAAGAAAAACAGAAAACAAUUAAAUACAUUUAUUUACUCUCUUUUAGAUUUUAGUUAUUGCAACUGCUUUACAAAAAAAAAAAAAAAAAAUGUAAUGUACUAGUUUUUAUUUUUUAACAGGUAAUUUUAGUUGGACACAAGUUAUUGUUAAUUCAUCACCCACAAUAUCUAAUAGUAUUCAAAAUUCAACAAUUGAAUCAAAUAUAACUUAUUUUUCUAUUCAGUCAUUAAAACAAGUAAUGUUAAUUAAUUUUAUUUAAAUUAAAUAUAUAUAAUUUGUAUAUGUGAUUAGGUGUUAACUGCAGAUGUCUACAGAGGAAUAUUCGGAUUUGCUACAUGGUGGAUAUGUUUUGCCUGGUUUUUAUCUUUAUCAGUUGGUGUUUUAUACCAAUCUUACUUAACAGUCUAAGUAAUAAUUCAAAUUAUAAAGUGUACAUAUAACUUUUGAUGGUAAAAUCUGUAAGAAAAUGAAUAUGUUAAGUUGAUUAAAAAAAACAACUAGUAGAGAAUUUUUAAGUUAAGAGAAAUAUAUAUUAAUUUUAUUAGUUGAACUUUAUACAAUCAAAAUAAAGUAUUAUUGUUUGAAUGUAGUUAUUUAAAAGUAUUCAUAUAAUAUAUAACAUAGAAGUAUUAUUUUGUAACAUAAACAAAUUUUAUAAAAUGUUAUUUGGUUUUAUUAUUAAUUUAUUUACACCAAUAUAUAUAUGCAUAUAAAGAAUCACAUUUUGUUUCAUCAGUAUUCUUAUUUAUAAAAUAUUAUAUUUUGAUAAAUAAUAUUAAUACAAUUUAAAAUUAUGGACUUGAGCAUUAAUAGCAACCUCAUUGGCUGGACCAAUUGCUAAAAUGGUUGCUUCAUCAUUUUCUGUAAAAGCAGAUGUUGGAAUGUCAUAUAAUUCGCAUUUCUUUUGAACACUUUCUAAAGUUGUUAAAUCUGGUACUCUUAAAACAAUUCUAGCACAUUUAGAGGGUAAUCCACCGCGUAUUUUAUUUUUAUUUAGUGCAAUGACUGAUACAACUGCACACUAAAACAAUCAUAAUUUUAUUUUAUUACAAAUAUUGAAUAAUUGAAUACAAUGAUAAAUUACUUAAAUUUAUUUUAUUUAAUAUUGAUUUAAAUAAUUAAAUAUAUGCUUGAAGAUUUUUAGUAAACAAAUUAAUGUGUUCACUUGGGGCAGGACCUAUAGCCAUUACGGUUUUGGAUCUAGGUGCAACUUGUGUACGACCGGCAUCUACCACUAUAUAUGUAUUCAAUUUUUUGUCAAUAGCUACUUUCUGAUAAUUCAACAUAGUUUCUUCAUCUGCUAUUUUGAAUAUAUCUACUGGUUUAUUGUUUGACUCCCAGGCAUUUAUUUCUUUUGGGUUUAACCUCAAACUUUCUUCAUAACAGUGUACAAUUGCAUGUGAACACUAGACAAUAAUACAUUAUUUUUAAAAUUCAUUCAAG